ACACAGCUCAUAAAAUAACUCUGUUUAGUAACAACUCAUUCGUUUUCAGACAGCUCUUAAAGGUCUCUCUCUAGCAUCAUGUAACCACUCCUUUCUCUCAAAAAAUAAACUUGCACAUUUCCUCUGAUUUCUCCAUUUUGACACCAUGAACGAUCUCAUCUCAAGCUCGUUCAAGAGAUACACAGACCUAAACCACCAAGUCCAGCUCGACGACAUCGAGUCUCAAAACGCGUCUCUCGACUCAGGCAACCUCGAUGAGUUCUUCGGAUACGUCGAGAGUGUUAAAGAAGACAUGAAAGCUGUCGACGAGAUUCAUAAGCGUCUACAAGAUGCUAACGAAGAGUCCAAGACCGUACACGACUCCAAGGCCGUGAAGAAGCUCCGCGCUCGUAUGGACACGAGUGUUACAGAGGUCUUGAAACGUGUCAAGAUGAUAAAGACCAAGCUCGUGGCGUUGGAGAAAUCGAAUGCUGCUCAGAGGAAAGUCCCUGGUUGUGGACCUGGCUCCUCUGCUGAUCGGACGAGGACAUCUGUCGUGAGUGGGUUAGGGAAGAAGCUUAAAGACAUGAUGGAUGAUUUUCAGAGACUACGAACCAAAAUGGCUAGUGAAUACAAAGAAACAGUCGAGAGACGGUACUUCACUGUAACGGGCCAAAAAGCAGACGAAGAGACGAUAGAGAAGCUGAUAUCAAGCGGAGAGAGCGAGCGUUUCCUCCAAAAGGCCAUACAAGAGCAAGGUCGUGGACAGAUCAUGGACACGUUAUCAGAGAUUCAAGAAAGGCACGACGCGGUUAAAGACAUAGAACGGAGUCUGCUGGAGCUGCACCAAAUAUUCCUCGACAUGGCAGCUCUUGUUGAAGCUCAAGGGAGUAUACUCAACGACAUCGAGUCUAACGUUUCAAAGGCGAGCUCUUUCGUCAUGAGAGGGUCUGAGCAGUUGCAGGGAGCUAAAGUGCUUCAGAGGAACUCGAGGAAGUGGACUUGUAUUGCUAUCAUACUCGCUAUUGUUCUUGUCAUUGUGAUUCUCUUCCCUAUCCUCUACACAAGUUUGCUUAAACCUUGAUUUUGAAAUAAACAUUUUGCUUUCUACCGUUAUUGUUUUGUAUUUUAGAAACAUUUGGGAUACAAAAAUCUAUUGAGUGUAACACAAGCAAUGUACAAUUUUUGAGUUUCAUUACAUCUCAUGAACACUGCUUACUUCUGUAUUCAUCAGAUAAAAGUAUCUGAGCAAGCUCCUUUAACCUCUCAGCAUCAGGGCCUGGUGGAUCACUCUUUCACAGACAUAGCAAGCUCCAAGCUUCGAGAUCUUAAUGCAGAACAUAGUGGUUUCUGAAGAUCUAAAAUCGACCGGGAAUGGGAACAAAUCCAUUUGACAAUCAACAUUUGAGCUGCAAUCCGAAUGGAAUUGAAGGAAAAAAAGAACAAAAAAAAUUUGGACCAUUUCUCGAUUUGUGCGUGUCACACAAGCAAUGUACAAUUUUUGAGUUUCAUUACAUCUCAUGAACACUGCUUACUUCUGUAUUCAUCAGAUAAAAGUAUCUGAGCAAGCUCCUUUAACCUCUCAGCAUCAGGGCCUGGUGGAUCACUCUUUCACAGACAUAGCAAGCUCCAAGCUUCGAGAUCUUAAUGCAGAACAUAGUGGUUUCUGAAGAUCUAAAAUCGACCGGGAAUGGGAACAAAUCCAUUUGACAAUCAACAUUUGAGCUGCAAUCCGAAUGGAAUUGAAGGAAAAAAAAGAACAAAAAAAAUUUGGACCAUUUCUCGAUUUGUGCGUGUCACACAAGCAAUGUACAAUUUUUGAGUUUCAUUACAUCUCAUGAACACUGCUUACUUCUGUAUUCAUUAGAUAAAAGUAUCUGAGCAAGCUCCUUUAACCUCUCAGCAUCAGGGCCUGGUGGAUCACUCUUUCACAGACAUAGCAUGCUCCAAGCUUCGAGAUCGUUAUGCAGAACAUAGUGGUUUCUGAAGAUCUAAAAUCGACCGGGAAUGGGAACAAAUCCAUUUGACAAUCAACAUUUGAGCUGCAAUCCGAAUGGAAUUGAAGGAAAAAAAGAACAAAAAAAAUUUGGACCAUUUCUCGAUUUGUGCGUGUCAUCCUUGCGCAGGGGCCAUGCUAAUCUUCUCUGUAUCGUUCCAAUUUUAUCGGAUGUCCCCGAAGGGACAAUCACCUUCGUCACUCCAUCGCUAUAUAA